UAAAGAACAUAACAUGUGAUAAAAUAAACAGUGUUAAAAUUAUUGGCCAUAACUUUAGACCAUUUACAUCUAAUUAUGUCAAUAAUCUUUGCUUUACUAUUCGCUUUACUUUCGUAUUACACAAAUACCUAGUUCUUCCAUUUGCUUAUUCUUGUUUUUGUCUGUCAAAUGCGAUGCUCAAAAAUGUAAUAAAAAAUUUGAUACAAAAUACUACAACCAUUACAACUAGUACUUUUAUUGUUGUAUUUCCUUUUAAUGGCAUAAUUUAAUACAAUUUGAACACUAUUUGUUCGAUAUGUUACAUAUAGAAAUUGGAGAAGUUUGGUCAAGACUGUUUGACCAUCGCCCAUUUCUAAAUGGUGAAAUUAAGUUUAUCCUAAAGGAAUUUGAGGAAAAGAGAGGUGAUCGUGAGGUAGAGAAUCUAUUCUCUAUUCUUGAGACGCUAACAGAAACUAAAGAUAAUCAAGCAGACAAAAUAAAGAAAAGUGGUGAACCAGCCCUGCCAUUAUUGAGUGAAAAAUUAGAACAGGCGUUGCAUCUUUGUGAAGAAGUCGAAAAGGAAUAUAUUGAUAUUCAGAAGCGAAGUGAGCAAAAGAGAUUGGAAAAUCAAGAAAAGAGACAAAAAGAAUGGGAUCAGUUCAUUGAUGAUAUGAACUUUAAAUGUAAAAGAAUUGACAACGCUUUUGAAGAAAAAGAAGAAGAACUCAGAGAUUUAUAUGCAGACUUGAACCACAAAUUGAACAUUGCAAAUAAGUAG